AUGUCAACAUUGUCGUCACGCUGUGAUGCUUUAGCCCUCGAGAGUUUCGAGCCCCUAAUGCAAAAACUAGUUGACCAGCAUCGCCGCCAGUUCGCGAACGUCCUUGCGCUGUCAAUUCCGCGGGAGGAGGACGACGACACCAAUGCCUGUAAAGAUCUUGGCAGUUUUCAGGCCAUCCUCCGAUUGUUUGACUACCCAAAGGCGGAAGAAUACGUGAUCCCGGUCGACGCAGAUAUACCUGGGUGGGACGUUGCUGAUAAGAUUCGGGGUCUUAUCCGCCAGGCCAUGACAAUGACCGGGCGAACUAUCAUUUUGAUUCACUAUGGUGGCCAUGGACUUAACCGGAAUCAAGAAUUGCACUUCUGCAAUGCCACAGGAAGAAAGCAUUUCGACGUGAACAGAAAUAUGUUGGAUAUAAUGGACUCCAAGUCCGCCAUUACCGACUCCGACAACAUUGAUAUCGUAUGUAUCUUCGACUCCUGUUAUAGCUAUCUGGUGACCAGGGAGUAUACUGGUCAUAACGGAGUCGUCGAGAUACUUGCGGCCGUUGAUGAGGAUAGCAGACUUGCAUUUUCUCCGGGCCUUCGGGCCUCUUUUACAGGCAAACUAUAUGCAGAGAAUCCUCAGAAGAACGCGGUUAGGAGCUAA